AUGCAGUUCUCCAGCAUCCUCGCUCUCCUCGGCUCCGCCGCCUUCGCCGUUGCCGGCAACACCAUUACAUUCCAGUCCCUGGACGAAGUUGACCGUACCAUCUACUUUGUUGCCAACGCCGGCCUUGAGAAGCUCGAGGCUGUCGAGAUCCCCGGCAAAGCAAACCUCACGGUUGACAUUCCCCAGGCCUGGAUCGGCAACUGGUACUCCAUCUCCAAGGGCCAGGAGAACAUCCCCGGCAUGCUCGGCGAGGUUGCCUUCAACGGCUGGAACGAUCUGACCUACUUCGACGUCUCUGCCAUUGUCAACCCCAACGACCACGACGGCGUCAAGAAGAUGUACCCGGCCUCCUCCAAGACCCCCAUUUCUGGCUGUGACUUCUUCCCCUGCAACGAGGCCUACUACCUUCCCGACGACGUCCAGACCAAGGUUACCCACGAGACCGACAUCGUCUGCACCCUCGGCAAGAACGGCGUCACCUCCAUCGUUGGGCGUGACAUUGAGGAGACCGAGAGCGUCAAGCGUGACUUCGUCCUCGGCAAGCACUAG